AUGGACGGCACCGAGGUGCGCCAGCGGCCGAUCAGCCUGGCGGAGGAGCUGAGAAAUGCCAACAACGAGCCCCGGGCCACGUCCGAUGAGAGCGACAUGGAUCAAUUUUUGCAGGACGAGGACAGGCUGGCCGACCGGACAAAAUUGCUGCCGCAGGGCUCGGACAAUAUGGGCGCGCUUGUGGAUUCGUUUCUCUCCGGGCUUGAUCCAAGAUGGAGAAAUUGGGUCGUCCGAGGCAUUUUCACCAUCGUCAUGGUCUCCCUCUUCUCGUUAAUUGUCAGCAAGGGCCCGUUGUGGCUAAUGUUACUGGUUUUUGCCAUUCAAUUCAAGUGCUUCCACGAGAUCAUCUCCAUCGGAUUGGCCGUCUAUCGCCUGUUCAAUUUGCCGUGGUUCCGAACCCUUUCUUGGUAUUUCCUCUUCACCUCCAACUAUUUCUUCUUCGGCGAAUCGCUCGUCGAGUUCUGGGGAAUUUUGCUGAAGAGAGAUAACUUCCUCCACCUCCUGAUCCAGUACCACCGGCUGAUCAGCUUCGGCCUGUACUGCAUCGGCUUCGUGUGGUUCGUGCUGUCGCUGCAGAAGGGAUACUACGUCCGGCAGUUCAGCCUGUUCGCGUGGACGCACGUGUGCCUUCUGCUCGUCGUCUCCCAGUCGUUCCUCAUCAUCCAGAAUAUUUUCCAGGGAUUGAUCUGGUUCCUGGUGCCGGUGGCGAUGAUCAUCUGCUGCGACAUCAUGUCCUACAUGUUCGGCUUUGCCUUUGGCAAGACGCCGUUAAUCAAGUUGAGCCCGAAAAAGACAUGGGAGGGCUUCAUCGGCGGCGCCUUCAGCACGGUGCUUUUUGGGCUGCUGCUGUCAUACGCGCUGCUCGGGAAACCGGCGAUGGUUUGUCCGCUGGAAGAUUAUACCACCGAGCAAUACAACUGCACGAUCCCCUCCUCGUUCUUGAUCCACGAGGCCGAGUACCCGGUGUUCCUCAAGUGGCCGAUGAAGCUGUUGAGGCAACCCACCACCUUCAAAUUCUACCCAUUCCUCUUCCACUCGAUAUCUUUAUCACUUUUCGCGUCGAUUCUCGGGCCAUUUGGCGGAUUUUUCGCCUCGGGCUUCAAGCGAGCCUUUAAAAUCAAGGACUUUGGUGACGUAAUCCCAGGUCACGGCGGCCUGAUGGACCGCUUCGAUUGUCAACUUUUGAUGGGCACCUUUGUCAACGUGUACAUUCACUCAUUUAUCAGGGUCCCCAACCUCAGCAAACUGCUGCAAAACAUCUCCCUCCUUCCCUCCGAAGAUCAGCUGACCAUCUUCAACGCGCUGCAAGAGGAGCUGAAGACGGCCGGUCUCAUC